CGCCAUUUUCAGCCAUUUUCCAGCGACGACCAGCCGUUGAUGGCUUAACAGUUUAGGCUAAAAUCAAUCAAUUACUGCGUCUAUCGUUUUAUUUAAGAGUUUUUCUCUUUUGUUUGUUAAAUUAAAUAACAAUUCUGCGACAUCCGGCAAAAUUUUUAUAUUCCUAUUGAGAAUUUUGGAUCUGGAACAUGAGACUUCCAAGGCGUGGAAUAUAUAAAUAAGAAGAAUGUCGGUCCAUUAUAAAUUUAAAUCCACAUUGGAUUACGACACAGUAUCUUUCGAUGGCUUACAUAUUUCCGUAGGAGAUUUGAAGAAGGCUAUUUUUCAUCAGAAGCGUAUCGGUAAAAAUACCGAUUUUGAUCUACAAAUAACUAAUGCUCAAACAAAAGAAGAUUACAAUGAUGAUAAUGCACUGAUUGCAAAAAAUACAAGUCUCAUUGUUGCACGUGUACCAUUGACGGUACAACAGAAAAGAUCAUGGGAUCGUAAUGAAGCAGUUCCGUUUGGAAAUUCCAAAGAAGAAACAGCUUUAGGACGUGGGGUAGAUUUAACGCGACUUGAUGGCUCAGAAGAAGAUAAAAUUCGCGCUAUGAUGACGCAAUCUACUCAAGAUUACGAUCCAUCAAAUUAUAUGAAAAUACGGGGAGCUAAUCAAACUGGAGAAGUUCCGACCAAUUACAGAUGUUUUCGGUGUCAUCAACCGGGACAUUGGAUUAAAAAUUGUCCUUUGGGUUCGAAUCAAGAGCCUAUUGAAAUAAAGAAAAGUACCGGUAUUCCUAGGAGUUUUAUGGUACCUGUUGAUGGUCCAUCGGUUCCUGGCGCGAUGAUGACGCCUACUGGUCAUUACGCGGUACCUGUUAUCGAUCAUCAGGCGUAUAAGGAAGGGAAAAAAGAGCGUCCGCCUUUUUCCCAGGAUCCUGAUCCCGUGGUUGAAAAGCCAGAAAUUCCUGAUGAUCUGCUUUGCAAUAUAUGCAAAGACCUCAUGACCGACGCUGUCAUGAUUCCUUGCUGUGGAAAUUCAUUUUGUGACGAAUGUAUAAGAACUUUUCUCCUCGAGUCGGAGGAUCAUGAAUGUCCGGAUUGUGCCGACAAGGACAAUUCUCCGGAGACUUUGAUUCCGAAUCGUUUUCUGCGCAAUGCGGUGUCAAAUUUUAAAAAUGAAACUGGAUACGCUAAGAGACCAAUAUUUAGACCACCAAAGAUACAACCGGAAGUAGCUGCCGAGCCGGCAAAAGUGGACACUGCAACCGCAACAAGUCAAGAGAAAAAUGUACCUAGUCAAGCAGUUGCACCAAAUUCAUCUCAAGAAUCUGUGGAAAAAUCGCCGUCUCAAGUUGAAAAUUCACCAAAGCCGGUAGCGAAACCAGCAUUAUCGACCAUGAUUGCAGAAUCUGCAUCAGCAGCUGCUUCUGCUUCAGCGGCGGCAACUACACCUGCUCCUGCUCCUGCAGCUACUACUGCUACUGCUUCAGCAACUCCAGCACCUGAACCCGAAGUUCCAAGUGAAACAACAAAAUUGCAUACCGAUGAUGAAUCGGAAGUUCCUCCUCCACCGGGAACUGAACCCCUUCUACCAAUACCUUCUGCGCCUGAUGCGUUGGAGCACGAGAAGAAGGAAAUCGAGGAAGAUUAUCCCAGAGAAAGACAUCAUCGGGAAAAUAGACGCGCUUACAAUCGAGACACUCAUCGCGAAAGACAAUCGCAUCACGGUGAUUAUCAAGGUGGUGGAUCGGGAAGUCACAUGAUAAAUCAAUCACAUUCAAAGUCAUAUUCAAAUCAUCCGGGAUCUGAUGGACACUAUCAACAUCAUAUGCAUUAUGACUCUGGAAUUCGAAGAUCAACUGAAGAUAGAGCUGGAACGCCUACUGUUGAUGAACCUCAUUUACAUGCGCCUCCAGCGGCAAAUCAACCACCACUGUUGCCAUUUCCACCUGGUGAUGAGAGAGUACAAAAUACUGGUUACAAUCCACCGCCACCGAAUAUGGUUCAACAUAAUCCGCCUCUAUUGCCGGAUCCCUAUAUGGGUCAUCGUGUUCCCAUGUAUCCUCCUCAUCAGCAACAAGGACCUCAGUAUCCGCCUCCACCGCGCUACGAGAGGCCUCCGUACUCACAAUAUGGAGGUGCCCGUUCCGCUCCACCUCCUCGAGGCUACACUGGACCACCAAGACCCGCAAGAGGAAUGAUGAAUCCCGGUUACAGAGGUAUUCAACCACCACCUCCAGGUUUAGGACGAAAUAUUCACAAUGGAGGACAAGGUGUCAUUGAUGAUCCUUUGGAGGCUUUCGAGCGCAUGCUACGAGAAAAAGAUGAGAGAGAUCGAAGAAUGGGAAAGCAUCGUAGGCGCACUAGAAGUCGAUCUCGAUCAAGAAGUUACACAAGAUCAAGAUCACGAUCCUUUGGUCGUAGAACACCAACACGAAUAAGUCGAUCGAGAUCUCCGCCGUCCAAGAGACGAUCCUCGAGAUCACCACCACCUCUUAGACGUAGUCGAACGCCAAUUAAACGAAGGUCUCGAAGUGGAAGCUUUUCCAUGAGCAGGUCGAGAUCCUUUUCUCGAAGUCAAUCACCAAGGGGUUCAAUACCCCGCGAUAGAGAUCGUGAUCGCGAUGCACCUCCUAGAUACAGAUCUCCCGCCAGAUCACCGCCAAGAUUUCACAGAGAUCGUGAGCGUGAUCGUCCAAAAUCCCGCGAGACACGAGAACCAUUUAAUACGUACUAUAAUGAUCCUCCAAAUCAGGACUAUUCGUUCAGAGAUCGAGACAGAGAUUUACCACCACGUGAUAGACCAUUACCACACAGAUAUCCACCCAGGAAUCAAGCACAACAUAAUGCACCAUCAAUGAUGCCUCCAAUAGCAGCUGGAGGUCAUCCACCAAUAAUGCCGAUGGGACACCCACCACCGGACAGGAAAGACUAUUAUGAUUCCUACAACAGAUAUCCGCCUGGACCACCUCCGGCUAGGUAUAAUAAUAGUCCUCAUAGAGAACACGCUCAUAAGCGAUUUGAUGACGUCGCGCCGCCCGGUACAGAAGGAUAUUAUGAUUUACCGCCUCCUGGUGUUGAUCAUUUAGAAAGGCCCACUGACAGACAGCCAAGAGAGCCAGCCUCCAAAAAUCAGGAACCCGAUGAUCGUGAGAGGGGACCUCCUAGAGAUGACAGGGUAAGAGAUCGUGAAGAGAGAAUCAGAGAAAGGGACGAUCGUGAUAGACCAGCGCCGUUAAUAAAGGAACGUGAGGAUAGAAAUCGAGAAAAAGACGAUAGAGACAGGAGGGAUAAAGAUCGAGAUGAGAAAAUUCCUAGAAGAGAUGAAGACAGGCAGUUCGAGAAGAGAGAUUAUGAGAAAGAACGCUUUAGGGAUGAAAGGGAUCGACACAGAAUUGACGAUAAGGGACGAAUGCGAGAAAGAGAACGCGACAGAAGAGAAAGAGAUUACGACAGAGAUAAGGAUCGCGAACGACAUGAACGUUAUGAAAAAUCGUUUGUCGACAGGAAAAAGAAACGCAGUCCAAGUCCCUAUGUAUCGAAAUCAAGAUCCGAACUGAAGGACGCGUCACCCGAACGUUCGCGAAAGAAGGAUCGCGAUCACGACGAUAAACCCGAUGAGAAGAAGAAGGAGAAGAAAAUUAAGGACAAGAAAAAGAAGAAGGACAGCGAGGAAAAGGAGAAGAAGAAAAAGAAGAAAAAAGAAAAGAAAUUAAUUCAGAAGGAAGCGCAAAAGGAAGAACAGACAAAAUCAACAGAAACAGUCGUUGAAGAAAAAUCUGAAGAGGAAAAAGCUGCCGAAGCUUCCGCUCUUCUUAAAGUCGAAAACAUCAAACCCGAAGAAUCACAAGAAAUACCAGUCAACAAUGAAACAAAUCUCCCAUCAGCACUCGAGGAAUUCGACGAGAAAUCCCUCGCAAUUAAUCCCGAGCCACCUGAAACUGAGAAUUCACCGAAAGUUGAGGAAUCCGAACCAGGUUCAAAUCCACCGAAUCCAAAUUUCAAACCCAUUCCAGAAUUAAAAGCGGAAAUUAAACCCGAAAUCAAAGCAAUCGAUAGUUUGUACAGUGGUUUAGACGAUGCUGAAAUAAAUACCGUGAUUACGGAAAAAUAUACAAUUCUCCCCGAAAAUGAAACGGAGGAAAAAGAGGAAAAACCUGCCGAAGUUGCCAAGUCACCAAAGAAGGACGAAUUUCUAGCCCCAGUUCCCGAAAUUUCCAAAUGGGAACGUGACGAAACUAUCGAGAAGGCCGAAAUACCCCAGGAAUCGGACGAGAAACGUGAGAUCGACGAGACAAAGGACAAUAAAGUAGUCACGUCCGAAGUACUGAAAAGAGCCGAGAACGCAAUUUUCCAAAAAGCCAUCAACGCCAUAAGGCCAAUUGAAAUUAAAAAAAUAAGCGAGAGUCGUAAAAUUUUGUACCAAAAUCCAGAACCAAAAAUUCUCGAAGUCGAACCACCGCGCGAACAAAGAAAAAGUGUCAACGUGACAAUAAACGUCGGCAAGAACGAGAGAAACGUCGAAAUCACCGAACCGGCAAAGAAAGCAAAAUUAGAUCGCUCCAAAUUCAAACCAAUACCCGAAUCCCAUUCACCAACUCGACUCUCCGCUAAAGAGAGACUCGGCGAUAAAGUCGAAGACGACAAGGAACGUAAAUCAAGUCCAAAAAUAAUUAUCCGCGAAUCGAAAAUCGAACCCAGAAGAAGUCGCGAACGACGACUAUCGCCUUUGGACGAAAAGAGACUGGAACCCGUCACUCUCAAUCCAGAACGAAAGGUCUUUUUGGAAGAGAGAAAGAGAAUUAUCGACCGACCCAAGGAGAGGAACAAUCGUCCCGAUCCCAGAGAACUGCGAAUCGAUCCCCGUCCCGAUUUACGCGCAGAUUUACGUGCCGCAAAAAUAGAACGCGAACGAGAACGCGAUCGAACCCCUCCAAUAAUGUUCCGCAAACUCGACAUUCCGAAACCAAGUCGAAAGGAGGAGGAAAUUGACAAGGAAAAGGAGAAGCGAAAAGAGAAGAAACGAGAGGAAAAGAAACGAAAGAAGGAGCAUCGCAGUAGAAGUAAAUCAAAGGAUCGAAAGAAGAAGAAGGAGAAGAAGCACAAAAAGGACAAGGACAAACAUCCCGAGAAGAAGGCGAAACACAAGGAGAAAAAUUCCGUGGAAAAAAUAGACAUCGAUCAAGCUUCAAUUACCGGAAAUUCCGAGAGUGUGACAAUAGUCGAAGAAACGAAAAAGCAACGGAAAAAUCCACGUCUCGUCUCCGAUCGUAAACGCAGCGUUCUCGAUGAAUCGAAUUUCGAACCUGAUUAUUCAGCCACUGAGUCCGAGUCAGAAAACGAGGAGAAAAUCCUACCCACCAAGAAAGCAAAAAUCGACGAGACACAAGUAAUAAAAGAAACCGACAACAAAUUAAAGAAACGAAUCAAAUCCAUCAGCUCCGAUGAUGAAUCGAGUAGUACCGAGACAACAUCCACCGAAAGUGACAGUUCCGAUGAAUCACACAAGAAACGCAAGAAAAAACACAAGAAACACAAGAAGAAGAAAUCAACCAAAAAAGAAUCGAGCACCGAUUCUGAUAGUUAUACAGAUUCAUCUGAUUCAAGUACAGAGGAAGAGAGACAUCGAAAGAAAUCGAAGAAAUACAAGAAAAGCAAACAGAAGAAAAAGAAGAAGUCAAAGCAUAAAUGACGUCACUAAACAGAAGGAGAAUUUUGAAUUCAAUGCCCUUUCGAUCGCUUCGUUAGAUUUAUAUUUUUUUUUAGAAUUUAUUUUCAAUAAGCUGAUUAUUAGAUAUUUAUUAAGAUUUUCAGGAAUCUUUAAAAAAAGUAAUUUUGUCAUUCGUUUUGGUUUAGGAAUGAAGAUACACGUUAUUCUUUAAAGAUAUACGAUUAAUUAUUUAAAGAAGAAAAAAAAGUAAAUAAAUUGUACAGAAAAUAAAUGUGUUACGGGAUAAAGCGAUGAAUGCUUCUUGUCACAUAUUAUUAAUAACCAUGAAAAAAAAGAAUUAUGAAAAAUAAACAUGGAAGUCAACAUUAAUGUUGUAUUGUACUUUUCACAGUAUGUCUAAAAAAAAUAAUGUAGAAAUACAAUAAAAUAUAAGAAUUCGUAAA